UCCAUGGAGACGGCUUCUAGCCUCGACAGGCGCGGAGCAGGACCGCUGGCCCGAUGGACGCAGACAGCCUCCUGCUGUCGCUGGAGCUGGCAUCCGGCAGUGGGCAGGGCCUCAGCCCGGACCGGCGGGCCUCGCUGCUCACCUCCCUGAUGCUGGUUAAGCGCGACUACCGCUUCGAUCGGGUCCUUUUCUGGGGCCGCAUCCUCGGCCUGGUCGCCGAUUACUACAUCGCGCAGGGCCUGAGUGAUGACCAGCUGGCACCGCGCAAGACGCUGUACAGCUUGAACUGCACAGAGUGGAGCCUCUUGCCCCCUGCCACUGAGGAGAUGGUGACACAGACGGCUGUGGUGAAUGGCCGUUUCAUGGGGGAUCCCUCACAUGAGUACGAACACAUGGAGCUCCAGAAGGUGAAUGAAGGUGAGAAGGUCUUCGAUGAAGAAUUAGUGGUCCAGAUUAAGGAAGAGUCACGCCUGGUGUCCAUCAUUGACCAGAUUGACAAGGCUGUGGCCAUCAUCCCCCGAGGUGCCCUCUUCAAGACCCCUUUUGGAGUUACCAGUGUCAAUCGCACUUUUGAAGGCCUGACCUUGUCUGAGAUCAGGAAGCUCAGCUCCUACUUCCACUUCAGGGAGGCCAUUGACCUGAAGAACAAGACCUUGCUUGAGAAGGCCAACCUGGACCCCUCCCUGGAUUUCAUGGACUCCCUGGAGUAUGACAUCCCCAAAGAAGAUACCAGUAGCACCAGCUGUGAUACCAAAUAUGUUUCUAGACAUUGCCAAAAUAUUUCCAGGGGUGGAGUGUCAAGGAGAAGAGUGGAUGACCAUCCCUGACUGAGAAACAAUGCAGCAGACCAAAAAAUAACACUGGGCCUCGGUCCUCAUGAAGUCUUUUUCUUUAUUCCUUUCGGUCCCCACAAAGCACUGCUAUAAUUACAUAGUUCCAUCUUUGGAAAGUAAGAAACUUGAACAUUUU